CUGUAUCAGGCUUUGCAUGGUUGCCUCUACAUAUCACUAUUCCUGGUUAUUGGAAGACCUUUGAGUCAGCUCCAGAAAUGUCGUUGGUGUGUGUGGCAGACUUUAAGGCACGUGCACAAGAGCUGCUAUCUAAGUCAUCGUGGGACUUUAUUGAAGGAGAAGCUGAUGAGGGCAUCACAUACAAGGAAAACAUCGCAGCGUUUAAAAGAAUCCGCCUCCGCCCCAGAUACCUGAGAGAUGUGUCAGAGGUGGACACCAGAACCACAAUCCAAGGGCGGGAGAUCUCGGCCCCCAUUUGCAUCUCACCCACGGCUUUGCACUCUAUUGCCUGGCCAGAUGGAGAGAGGAGCACAGCCAGAGCUGCUGUGUGCUCCAUUAUCUGCUUUUUUGCCAGCUGUUCCGUGGGCUGUAUUGUUGCUGCUGUUGUUGGUGGUUUCCGCUGGUUCUUGCUCUGUUUGCAAUUCUAUUUGGAGUUCGAUUGGGAGCUGAUUCGGCGGGUGGUUGGGUUGGUUUUCGCCUUUUUUUUGGUCGCUUUGGUUGUCCCUGUAGUUGGCCCAAUGCUCAACCAUAAAAUGUCAAAUUUGUGUCAUCUUUUGAGUAAAUCAAGUGAUGUGAGAAUUUGGGACUAACAUUCACCUUCUCAUUCCCUACAGAGAAAUUCCACACAUUUGCCAAGUACAACUUUCUGCUGGAAUGAUCUCUCCUUGCUUCAGAGUAUGACUCAGUUGCCCAUUAUCCUCAAAGGGAUUUUGACGAAAGAGGAUGCAGAAUUAGCAGUGAAACACAAUGUCCAAGGCAUCCUUGUUUCCAACCAUGGUGGUAGGCAGCUUGAUGAGGUUCCUGCUUCAAUUGAUGCUCUGACCGAAGUGGUGGCCGCUGUCAAAGGGAAAGUUGAAGUCUACAUGGAUGGUGGGGUUCGAACAGGCAAUGAUGUGCUGAAGGCCCUGGCCCUUGGGGCUAAGUGUGUUUUCCUUGGGAGACCGAUCCUCUGGGGCCUUGCCUACAAGGGAGAACACGGUGUCAAGGAAGUUUUAAAUAUUUUAAAAACAGAGCUCCACACGUCUAUGGCCCUUUCAGGCUGCCGAUCAGUUGCUGAGAUCAGUCCAGACCUGAUUCAGUUCCCCAGAUUAUAAAGAUCUACUGAAAUUGCCUGCAAGGGGAAGACACAUCUUCAACACGGUG